AUGGUGCUAGGGCAACAGUAUCAAGGCGCGGCGUACAACAACUCCAUGCCGGGUGUGCCUGGAGCAGAAAUCACCUUUUGGAAGAUCAGCGACGGCGCAGGAGGAUCGGCAAGCUUGUUGAAUUACAUUACCCUACCCAACGGCAAGCGUCAAGAUCCAAAGCUGGUCAAGCGCGCCGUCAUUGUGCUUCACGGGCUCAACCGCGACCCGGGAACGUACAUGUCCAACAUGCUGUCUGCGCUCUCGCAGGUCAGCGAUCCUGCCAUCAAUCCAUCCUCCGUCGCCAUCAUCGCACCUUACUUUGCCAAUGGCGAUGACAAGAGUGAGUAUUGGAGGUAAAAGGCUGUCUGCACGUUGCUGACCGCGAACCUGAACCCUUUUGCAGACGUCGGAUAUCCGUGGGUGAAUGGCAAACCAGCAGGACAAGGUUCGACGUCAAAGGCCAUCGUCUGGAAAGGCUCGCAAUGGGCUUCUGGCCUCAACAAUCAGUAUCCAUACAACCAAAACACCAUCAGUUCCUACGACGUGCUCGACCAGAUGCUGCAGUACCUCGACAACAAGAGCUUGUAUCCCAAUUUGAAUCAAAUCGUCAUUGCGGGACACUCGCUCGGUGCUCAGAUGAACAAUCGAUACGCCUCUGUAGGCAAACAGCUCGGCUUGUCAACUCCCCUGCGAUAUUGGAUAGGAAAUCCAAACUCUUGGCUGUGGUACGACUUGACAAGACCUGCAAAGGACCCUGCUCAAUGUGCCGGCUACGAUGACUGGAGAGAUGGGCUUUCCAAUUACGGCACCUACAACGCUGCCCUCGUCAAGUCUGGUCGACCCAGCGUUCUCUCCAACUUUAACUCGCGAAGCAUCAUCAUGGCUCGAGGCACACAAGAUUUCGGCGACGACAGCAGCGACUGCGCACCCUUUACCACUGGUGCCAAUCGUGGGGAGCGCUUCUACAACAUCAUCAAGUACUACCCUCCUCAAAGCGAUGACAAUGUCGACUACGUGAAUUGUGGUCACGAUGCAGGGUACAUGUUUGCCAGUCCAGCUGGUCGUGCACGUCUCUUGUGAGUUCGACGCGGACGCGUCGCUAUAUUCGAAGCUACAAUCACUCACCUUUUGCCACUCACAGCACCGACAAUUUCAAUGGCGAUGGUUCACGCUCGACUGACUUUGGCAACCGGCAAAUGAUCGGCGACAGUCCUAAUCCGAAUGCGUGAGUGCGGGCGCACACUUUGUCGCGCGUGGUGCUCAUUCUGACCCCGCACCACCAAGCAGUGCGAAUGCAGCGCCACCCUCUGCUGCCACCGGCUCUGGCGCCAGCGGAAUGACUUUUCAAGGUUGCUUUAGCGACGAUGCGACCAACGGUGCAGCUUUAGCCACUCUGUCAUACAGCGACUCUAGCAACACCGUCGAAAAGUGUACUGCCGCCUGCUCGAAUGCAGGCUAUGCGGUCGCUGGUAUGUCCAUCAAUCAAGUAAGCCCCGAAAAUGCAGAUGGACCUUUUGCCCGCGUCUGACACCACGCCCUCGCUCCCCUCAGUGCUUUUGCGGUAAUCGCCUCGCCUAUUCGUCUCGCAGCACAAUCGAUCCGGGAUGCAGCAACACUUGCCCGGGGAACGGUCAAGAGUACUGUGGAGCCAAUCAACGGCUCUCUGUCUGGUCUGCUUCCACGCCUGCCAAAGCUCCGACUCCAUCUGUGGUGCCAUCGGUUGGCCGCUUUACAUCGCUCGGUUGCUGGACUGAAGCUGUUUCAGGCCGCGCGCUGAGCGACAAGAGCUCUGGUGGACCAGCCAACACUGUAGACGCGUGUGCUGCUACGUGCCAAGGCUAUCAAUACUUUGGCGUCGAGUACGGUAGCGAGGUGAGGCACGAGUGCAGGCGCGCAAUGGAGCUCCCCGCUGACGGGCGCCUGCUACACCUUUACAGUGCUAUUGUGGAAACACGCCUAGGAACACCACUGCUGCAGCUAGCGCAGAUUGCCAGAUGCUCUGUGCUGGCAAUGAAGCUCAAUUCUGUGGAGGCAGUGGGCGAAUGAACUUGUACAAUUCCACGCUGCCUGCAUCUUCCACCACCUCGACGACCAGCGCGAGCACGAGCACGAGCGCGACGCCCAGCUCGACACCUUCCAACUACAAGGGCUGCUAUGCCGAGCCUAGCGCUGGAGGACGGGCACUCCGAACCUCGGUCAGUGUACCAAACAAUACACCUCAGACGUGUUUGGCAGCUUGCAAUGCCGCCGGCUUUUCCAUUUCGGGUGCAGAGUACGGUUCCGUGAGUCUGUCCGUAUCGGUUUGCAUAGUCGCGCCCCUCUAAUUUGUUUUCAUCGCCCCGGCAGGAAUGCUGGUGUGGCAACUCUUUUGGAGCGGGCACUACAAAGGUCGGUGAGAGCGAUUGCAACAUGCCCUGCUCUGGCUCGUCUGGUCUUGUCUGUGGAGCAGGAAAUCGUCUCUCGGUCUACUCGGCGUUGAGCGAGCUCGCUACAGAUGCUGCGCCUGCUGUAGUUCCCGCCGUGGGCUCCUACGUCUCACAAGGUUGCUGGUCAGACAAUGUCGGAGGCGUUCGCUCUUUGGCAGUGACGAUGAACCUCGACAAUCGCACCGUAGAGACGUGCGCUGCUGCUUGCUCAGCUUAUCAGUACUUUGGCGUAGAGGUGAGCUUGUCGAUGAUUCUUGUCACAUUAGAGUCUGCGCUGACGUCACCUCUGCCGCUCGACUAGUACGGCGGCGAGUGCUACUGUGAUAACGCGCUUGGAUCUGCUUCCACCAAAGCCGCCGACUCGGCUUGCAACAUGCCGUGCUCAGGCGCAAGCACGGAACUUUGCGGGGCAGGAAACCUCCUCAACCUGUACAAAGGACCGACCCCGACGAGUUCAGCGACGAGCACCGCGAGCACCGCGUCCACCGCGAGCACCGCGUCCACCGCGAGCACCGCGUCCACCGCGAGCACCGCGUCCACCGCGAGCACUUCCGCGAGCACUUCGACGACACCUUCUAGCACGCCAACUGGAAUUACCGACACGGCCUACCGCGGUUGCUGGACGGACGGAGGUUCGCGCAGCUUGAGCAGGCAGGCCUACGCAGGCGCACAAAACGACGUGGCCACGUGUCGCGCAGCUUGCUCCGCGCUCGGCUUGGCAAUCGCGGGCUUAGAGUAUGGCACCGAGUGUUGGUGUGGCAGCUCCCUCAGCAACUCUUCAAACCAGCGCCCAGAUUCUGAAUGCAACUUUGCAUGCCCUGCUACCACUUCUCAGCAAUGCGGAGCCGGCAACAGGCUCUCGAUCUACAGCGACGUCUCGCCGCUGCCUAGACCCGUUGUUGCCAGCGCUCCGAGCUCGUUUGUAAGCAGCAAGGGCACUACUUGGUCGUCUCUUGGCUGUCUCGCAGACAAGACGUCAACGAGAACGCUCUCUGGUGCUUCCCCGCAGCUGGGCUCGAGCAACUCUUUGGACACUUGUGCCGCAGCAUGCGACGGUUUCACCUACUUUGGCGUCGAGUAUGGAUCAGAGGUGAGUUGCGCGACUGGCGAGCACAGCAGAUUGUUGCUGACUCGAGUCGGCCUUUGAAAGUGCUAUUGCGGUAAUGCGCUCAACAACAAUCCAGACCUCACGAGCGAUGCCUCUUGCAACUUUUCGUGCCCCGGCAAUUCCGCUCAGCUUUGCGGCGCUGGCAACUUGCUGAACGCGUACAAGUCCAACGCGGGCGCGACGAACACCUCCAACACGGGCGCGACGGACACUUCCGCCACAAGCACGACGUCAACCAGCGCGACCAGCGCCACAUCUACCAGCACGACCAGCACCACAUCUACCAGCUCGACUUCCACCACGAGCAUCCCCACAAGCGCUCCUUUGCCCACCAACUACAACCCUCUCGGAUGCUACGUCGACGCAGGUUCGCGCUCGCUGCCUACUCGCGCCUACUCCAACAACAACAACUCUCCCAGCGCCUGCGCUUCCGCUUGCUCCGCUCAAGGUUUCCGGUACUCGGGCACAGAGGUGAGCAGCAUCGCAAGACGCGUCACGGAACGAGGCUGACACGCCGACCUCACAGUACUCUUCCGAAUGUUUCUGUGGCGACUACCUCCUCAACGCCGCUUCUUCUGGACCAGCCAGCUCGGGGUGCAACAUGCCCUGCUCUGGCGACAGCACACAGACCUGUGGGGGAUCAAAUCGACUCUCCAUCGUGAAAGACAAGUCGUGGAGUCCCAGCAUCUUUACGGUCAAAGCGGCCGGCAAGUGGACAUACUCGGACUGCAUCAUCGACGACCCAUCAAAGCGGGCGCUCAACGUCACGCUUUCCGUCGCGCAAAUGACUCCGGAAAAGUGUUUGAGCGCGUGCGCAGACAAGGACUUGGCUUUUUGCGGUCUCGAGUACUCGGGCGAGUGUUUUGGAUCUCAAAUCGCACCGACCGCAAGCACGUCCCCUUUAGCUGGUAGUUCCGAUCCCCUUGCUCGCGGGUGCAACUACGCGUGCUCUGGCAACUCGACCGUCGCAUGCGGCGGCGCUUCUCGCAUCACCCUGUACGCCUUUGACGCGACUGGGGAUUACACCUCACCCUCGACGCUUCUACAAAGCACCAACUAG